CUUUAUUUAUGAUGUCACAAUUUAUUUGUUUAGAUGGAUGACAUCACAACAGACGACAAUAAGUCGACCUUUGACCCAGCCACUGUGCCGUACCUCAGGCAAGCCGAUUCUAUUUUUAGAAAUGGGUUCGAAGACGAAGAAAUGAAAAAUAUUUUCCUUGAGAAUUUUUUCGAGGAAAUUGUUGGAAGCGAAGUGAAGUUGAGUUUCAUGAAAUCUUCGAGUUUCAUCCUCGAACAAUUUGUGGGGGUCGCGACCCCAAAGCAUUUGUUGCAACUUUUGAAGGCGUACAAUGAUGACAUCAUAGAGGUAGCGGGUAGCCAACAAGCGAGUCACGUCGUGCAAAAAACUUUGAAACAAAUUGUUUUGUUACGCAACAAUGACCCGGAUAACUCAACAUGGUCGGACAUCGACGCCACCCUACAUGAAAUAUCCUCGUUAAUAUGCGAGGACAUUCCGUCAUGGUUGACCCACGUUCAUCAAUCGCACGUAGCGAGGUCAAUGUUUUCAACACUAGGGGGAGUUAUACUCGCCACCAAGGAUUCAGGAAAUGAUGUCAUAAUACCGACCCUCCCCCAACCCUCUAUGACAUCACUGAAGGUGUUUGUUGACGAGGUUUGUAAACUCAAACGGAAGAAUCUUGUCGAAAUCCUCACCAACCAAAGUGGGACACCUAGUGUCUCGAUAUUAUUGCGAGUUUGUAACAUUCGAUCGGAAGCGUUAAUAAGAUCUUUAUGUGGGAAGAUAUUGAAAGCUUGCGACGAGGGGACGUUGUUGAUUUUAUCGAAAGAUCGCACAGGAAGCCACCUAGUGGAGAGUUUGGUCGAGUUCGGCGAUGUGGAAACGUGUCGGAAAAUCUACGAAAUAAUUUCCACAGACGAGGAAAAGUUGGUGGAGCUUGCCUGCCACCCGGUGGCUAACUUUGUGGUGCAAAAGUUGAUCGAGAACGAUAAGAUUGAGUUUGACGGCAUAUUCUCGAUCCUCUCGAAGGAAAUGUUGAAAAUUAUUCACGCGGGUCGCCCUGGGGUCGUCGUUAAACUGGGUGAGGGGUGUGUGCGUUCACCCACAACGCAAUCUACGUUUGUUACCAUGGUGAUGAAGGCAUUCAACUGCGACGAUGACGAGAAGAAAAAGUUGAUUGUCCCUCUAGUGGCGAGUCUUUCAUCUUAUGAUAAAAUGUUCUCGAAAACAUUUGAUCCCGAUAAACCACCCACAUUCAAAGUAGCGUACCACGGUUCGCUUCUUCUGCAAACAAUCCUCAAGUUCGACAAAAUAUUUGUUUUCGUCAAAAGUUUUUUGGAAAUUCCUUCCAGCCACACGGUGACCCUAGCGUGCUCUGCUCCAGGAAGCCACCUAGUGGAUGCUUUUUUUUCGUCGGAAAAAGUUCGUGCAAAACGGAAAUUGAAGUGGAUCGAAAAAACAAAGGAUGUUUUCUUCAAGAUUGCGAUGGAUAAAUACGGAAGUCGCGUUUUGGAAAAUAUUUGGCGUCAAUCCUCGAUUAAAAUGAAAAUAAUAAUCGCUGAGUCGUUGGUUCCCCACGAGUCUUCAUUAACGAACGACCAACAUGGAAAACAUAUAUUUCGUAAAUUUGCGAUUCGACAAUUUCAUCAAAGAAACGAAGAUUGGAAAAGUUUUCAAGUAAAAAUAGAAAAGAAACGAAAAAUGUUUCAAGAUUUUCUGCCAGGUAAAACAAUUGUUGAUUGUGAUGUCAUAAUAAGUAAAUAUUUCAUUGUUUUGUUACAGAUGAACAACAAAAGAAGAAAAAAAAAGUUUAAUGAUGUCAUCGAUGAUGUCACAGACCACAGUAUUAUGACAUCAUCAAUAUGAAUGGAUGACAUCAACGUCAUGGUACAACGACCUCAACAUUUCCUCGACUUCUGAUUGGAUGAACUCGACUUGAUGUUUCGGACAAUAAUCAUCGAUUGAAGACCUACAUUAUGAUGUCAUAAUGGUUGUUUAUUCAUGCAUCACAUGGUUACCUAGCAACCGUGACCAUCACCGGUUUCCACGGAAGGUUUUUCAAAAUAUUUUCAACUUUUUUUAAACUUCCUUGAAUUUCUUCGUUCGUUGCCACGUGGUGGGGUAGGGGGGGUUCCCCUGUUGCGCAACCUGCCCCGUGGAUCUGAAACAUAGAUAUCUUGUAAUAUUUAUUUGAUUUCUAUUAAACACAAACAAUGUCGUAAUCA